AUGAAAUUGUUCAUCGUUCUUGCUCUGGUCGCUGCCGCGUACGCUGCUCCCCAACAGAAUCCCCAGGACGUUCAGAUCCUCCGAUAUGACGUCAACAACGCUGGACUGGAUUCUUACAGCUUCGCAUGGGAGCUAUCAGAUGGAUCCAAGCACGAAGAACAAGGACAGCUUAAGAACCAAGGCACGGAAAAUGAGGCCAUCGCUGUGCAGGGACAGUACGCGUGGGUCGGCCCUGAUGGUGUCACCUACGUAGUCACCUACACUGCUGAUGAAAAUGGCUUCCAACCCCAAAUCCAGCAAGGUCCUGGUGGUGCUGUCCCAUCAGCGGUCGUCGCCUCACUCCUAGGCUAG